AUAUUAGAUUAGCGGUCUAGUAUAAUAUAUAAUCUAUGGUUGCAUAGCUUCCACGAUCCGCGCUAUUGGUUAUGCAAUAAAUAAAUAAAGAAUUUUGAUGACAAUGGAACAUAACAAUAUAUAUGCAACAAUUAUAACAUUAUCUUGAUUUAUGAACAAGGUAUCUGAUAAUGUUAUCAGCAUUACAAAAUAAAAAAGCACAAAAUACAUAUAAUCUUGACUAUAAAAGGCUCUUUGAAUGUUUUUACCCCAAUUGCGUCUAAAAAGUUAUAUUGUGUGCCAACUUCAAAAAUCGGUUAACUACAAAAAUAAUUGUCAUGUGCAUCUUGUUUAUGUAUCGCAAUCCCAAUGCUGCUAUUAAAUCUUAUCGAUUGAUAGUUGCAACGAAUCGAGAUGAAACAUAUAAGCGUCCUGCAUUAUCUGCUCAUUAUUGGAAAAAACAUCCUGAAUGUUUAGGAGGUAUUGACAUGGAACCUGGUAAGGAAGGUGGAACUUGGUUAGCUUUGUCAAUGAAAGGGAAAGCUGCUGUUAUUUUAAAUUUGGUUAAUGAAGAAAAUAAAAAUAAUUCAUCAAAGAAGAGUCGUGGUUCUUUGAUAAGGAAUUUUAUUACUUCCAGCGAUUCUAUAGAAACAUACUUGAACCAGUUACACAAAGAAAAUAUGAACGGACAACCAUACAAUUCUUAUUGUUUGAUUUUACUAGAUUUAAACAAUGCAAAUACGUAUUGUUUAAACAGCGAUGCAAGGUCUACUGGACCCAAAAUGUGUGAUAAUGAUAUUAUAGGUAUUGGGAACAGUGGAAUAGAACAUUCUUAUAAAAAAGUUGAAGUAGGAAAAGAAGAAUUUAAAUGUAUUGUACAGAAUGCAAAUGUAUCAAAACAAAAUACUCUUAUUGAAGAACUUAUUAAUUUCCUAAAAUCACGGACAAAAUGUUUACCAGAUCUUGAAUUACAAAAGAACUAUCCAACAACAUAUGAAGAACUUAGUUCAAUCUUUGUUUCUGGAAAUGAAUAUGGUACAAGGACACAUUCUAUAUUAUUGAUUAAUGGUUCAAAUCAAGUAACAUUUGUUGAAGAAACUCUUAUGUCUGAUUUGACAUGGAAACGACAACAGUUUCAAAAUGAAUUAAUACAGUAAUAUUUAUUAAUAUUCAAUAUAAUAUGCUAGAGUAAAAAAGAAUUCGAUUUUUUUCUGUAUAAACUUAAUUCAUGAUUAAUAUACAUAUGUUUAAGAAUAAGAGUACUUAUGUGGAAGAUAAUUGCAUAAUACCAUGAAUUUGUAGUACUGCAAUGGUAAAUUCUAAAUUCAAUAUGAAUAAGUAAUUCUCUUAAUUCUUUCUCAGGAUGCAAUGUUUUUUUAUGUUCUAUGUAAUAUAAAAAUAACAAUUAAAAAACAAUUUGCAGUGAAAAACUUACGAUAUAAUAUUUAAAAUAAUAAUAAAUCUAUAAGGCAAAAUAUUUAUAUUCUGUCAUAUAUUCAAACAGUUUGAAUACAUUAUGAGCUGUAACCAUUGACACAUGUAUGCUUCCAUCAGGUUUAAGCAUUCUAUAAAUAUUCCUAAACUCA